GCAUUAUUUCUUUAUUGUACAAUAGACCUUCCUGCAGCUGCCGAACUGGGACCACUGGACCUACCUGUCUUAAAGCAUUGAAGGAGCAACAGCAGCAAUGAAGGUUCUCCUUAUGCUGCAACUGUUCUAUUUGGCUGGCUGCAGUACUUCCAGAACCAGAGAGUAUGCUCAUCACGGUGCAGCCAUGUUUGCAGACCUCACUGUGCAGGAGAUGAAAGCUGUCCGAUCCUACCUGCAUGGUAUUCCGGACAUGAAACUAACAGAUGCCCGAAGCAAAACUCUGAAGAGGAACAGUAUCCUGCUGAUGGAACUCCACCUGCCAAAAAAGCACGAGGCCCUCAGAGCACUGGACCGUGGUCAGGCCAAACCCCCUCGUCAAGCUCGUGUGAUCAUCCUGUUUGGGGACCAGGCCAAGCCAAAUGUCACCGAGUUUAUUGUGGGUCCGCUCCCAUCCCCAAGAUCUCACCAAGUCAGGACAAUCAAGGGGCACAAAACAGUUCAAUUUGAGUCCCGGCCGAUAACCAUUGUAGAGUACGACCAUAUUGAAAACCUCCUAAAGAAGAUUGCAGUUCAAGCUCAUAAGCUUAUUUUUGAGAGCACAGGAGGCUUUUCCUAUGUAAACUGUUCCAACCGAUGUCUGACGUUCUCAGACAUUGCUCCCCGUGGGCUUGCUCCAGGUGAAAGGAGGACGUGGAUCAUGUUGCAGAAGUUUGUAGAAGGUUAUUUCAUUCAUCCGAUUGGAUUUGAAGUACUGAUCAACCAUAAGGAUCUAGAUCCAGACAAGUGGACCGUUGAGAAAGUCUGGUACAAUAACAUGUAUUUUGACAGCGUUGGGGAGCUGGUAGAAAAGUAUGAAUCAGGAGAAGUGGAGAAGUUGAGACUGCCUGAUCACAACGACGAAGACUUUUACUCUACCUACAUACCCCGAGGUCACAGUAACACACCAACUAAUAUCCAUGGGCCGAAGCUUGUUGAGCCCCAGGGACAUCGCUACUUCAUAGAUAAGAACUUUGUUGAGUAUGCUGGAUGGUCCUUUGCAUACCGAGUCCGUUCUUCUGCAGGCCUUCAAGUCUUUGACUUGCGCUUCAAUGGACAAAGAAUAGCUUAUGAAAUCAGUCUCCAGGAAGCUAUUGCCUUUUAUGCUGGAGAUACUCCUGCUGCCAUGCAAACAAAGUACAUUGAUGCAGGCUGGGCUAUGGGCUCCUCAACAUAUGAACUCGCCCCUGGAAUUGACUGCCCAGAAAUUGCUACAUUCAUUGACCUUUACCACUACUUUGACACAGACAAACCUCUGCACCACAAAAACGCUUUGUGUAUUUUCGAGAUGACAACGGCUUUGCCCCUAAGGAGGCAUUUUGAUUCUGACUUUCAAGGAGGUUACAACUUCUAUGGAGGUCUGGAGAACACUGUACUGGUGUUGCGGACAACCUCAACAGUUUACAAUUACGAUUACAUCUGGGACUUCCUGUUUUACCCAAAUGGAGUGGUGGAGGUAAAAGUCAGUGCUACAGGCUACAUCCACGCUACUUUCUUUACCCCUAAUGGGCUGAACUACGGCACAAAGGUAUACAACCAUGUGCUGGGGAACUUGCACACUCAUCUCGUUCAUUACAAGGUAGACCUGGAUAUUGUAGAUCGAAGGAACAGCUUUGAAACAAUAGACCUGAAAUAUGUGAACUUCACCAAUCCCUGGAGCCCCGAGAAUUUCAUCGUCCAGUCUAAACUCCACAGGACGGAACGCAAGACAGAGCGAUCAGCAGCAUUCCGCUUUGGCAAAAAGUUCCCUCGCUAUGUUCACUUUUACAACUCCAAUGAGAAAAACAAAUGGGGACACAAUAAGGGUUACCGUAUUCAGUUUAACUCACAUGCAAACAGUGUCCUUCCCAGAGGCUGGAAAGAGGAAGUUGGAAUCAGCUGGUCAAGAUAUCCUCUGGCUGUGACACGUCACAGGGACAGUGAAGCUACCAGCAGCACUAUGUUCACUCAGAAUGACCCGUGGGAACCUGCAGUGUCCUUUGAGGAUUACAUCCGCAACAAUGAAAACAUAGUCAAUGAGGACCUGGUUGCCUGGGUGACAGUAGGCUUCCUGCAUGUCCCUCAUUCUGAAGACAUCCCCAAUACAGCAACACCUGGCAACGCUGUGGGCUUCUUCCUCCGACCCUUCAACUUCUUCGAUGAAGAUCCCUCAGUGGCAUCCAGGAGCACCGUCAUUGUGCGGCCGGGGCCGGACGGCCAGCCUAAAGUCCAGAGAUGGACGCCUGAGGUCAUAGGUCACUGUGUGACAGACAAGCCAUUCUUUUACAAUGGCACCUAUGCAGGAGUUUAGAGCAAUAAAAAGAUCAUAUUGCCAAGUGUUAACAUGAAGGGAAAAAUGUAUCAGAAAAUCACGACUAGAAAGGCA